AUGGCCUUACAAGCCCAGCCAAAGGACGAUUUCACCCUCCAUCUCCCUCGCAUUCUUUGCCUCCACGGCGGUGGUACCAAUGCCCGUAUCUUCCGCAUGCAGUGUCGCGUUCUCGAGCGCUCCCUCCACUCGGCAUUUCGGUUCGUCUACGCUGAGGCACCUUUCCCCGCCCAGCCAGGUUCCGACGUGACCUCCGUCUACAAGGACCACGGCCCGUUCAAGGCGUGGCUGCGUUGCACAGCAGCAGAUCCUGAGCGAUCCGCCCAGGAGAUCGUCGACCAGAUCAACCUCUCCAUCGCAACAGCCAUGUACAACGAUGGCGUGCAAGGCGCCACAGGAGAGUGGGUGGCUCUUUUAGGGUUCAGCCAGGGCGCCAAGUUAGCCGCGAGCAUCCUGUACGCACAACAAAUGCUCCAACGGCGGCUGGGCGCGAAUGCCGUUAUUUGGCCUCAUUUCCGGUUUGCAGUGUUGAUGGCUGGAAGGGGACCACUAGUGUGGAUGCUACCCAAGAUUGGUAGCGCUCCUGUUUCUAUACCCGCGGGGCUUGUGGAUGCGGCAUGUCCGUCCAUGAUAAGUGGUGAGCCUCACUUGCCGGAGGACAGCACAGAACACAGACUCCAAUUACCCACCCUCCAUGUGCAUGGCAAACGGGAUCCGGGAUUGGAUUUGCAUCGUAGGUUUUUGAGUCAUUAUUACCAACCGGAUUCGAUAUACUUGGUGGAGUGGGAAGGGGAGCAUCGUGUGCCGAUCAAGACGAAGGAUGUACAGGCGGUUGUGGAUCAGAUCUACACCUUGGCACACGAGACCGGAGUCUUGGAUUCCUGA